UCCGUGCGGAAACAACAUCCUCCUCCUCCUCCUCCUCCUCCUCCUCGGUUAGCGCCCGCUGGCUGUCAUUCGUCCAAGGCAAGCAAGCCGGUGUGAUCGUGGCGCUGGCGGAGUGGAGCAGCGAGAGCCGCAUGUAAAUGAGCACCUCUCCACCUCCGUGUUGUGUUACCGCCGUCACCUGAGGAUCUAGAGGAGCACGCUGACCGUCCCUAACCCCCAUCAUCAUCAUCAGCGAGCUGACCUUAAUCGUCUCGUGUGGAGAUUACAAAAUAAAGGUCUGACUGCACUACUUUGGAGCUAUAAACGCUGUAAUCGCUGCCGUGUGGCGCCGUCGUUUCUCGCUACAACACACACGGAGAGCGCCUCUCUGCCGACCCCUGCUGACCAUGCGAAGUGUGUGUGCGGUGGUCCUGGCGCUCGCCGCUGCCGCCCUCAGCUCGGCAGACUCCGACACGCACAGAUUGAGGCACGACUCCAACCUGGAUAUCUACAAGCGUCUGUUUGAGACCAAGAGGAAAGAUCAGCUCAACGCGCUCAAGAACCUGGUGGAGCUGAACGACAUCAAUCAGCAGUACAAGAUCAUAGACAUCAUGCUCAAAGGACUCUUCAAGGUGUUGGAGGACUCGAGACAGAUCCUGGUUGCGGCCAACAUGCAGCCUGAUGACCCUUUCCCAAUGGACGAUAAGAUCAAAGAAGCUUAUUCCCAUGUGGUUGAGAAUACAGCGUUCUUUGGCGACGUUGCGUUGCGUUUCCCCCGUAUCGUCCACCACUACUACGACCGCAACACCGACUGGGACGGUCUGCUGCGCUGGGGGCUGAAUUUCUGCAACCAGACCGGGGUUUUCACAGGAGGAGCCCACCAACAUGUCCUCACACUGAUGUCACAGGAGCUGGGAAUAACGGAGAAAUCCCCAGACUUUAUAAACCCGUACCGCACAGAGAGAGACGAUGUGCUCCACACUGCCGAGGCGUUCCAGAAGAUCCUGAGGGAGGAGGAGAAGAGGAGAAGGAAAGAAGAGAAGAGGAAAGAAAUCAGGAAAGGCCCUCGCAUCUCCCGCUCCCGCACCGAGCUAUAGCGCUGCACCGCGGUGCUGGUGGAGAGCAGAGAAAGAGGAGGAGGAGGAGAAGAAAAGGAAGGAGCAUACGCACAGUCCACAAGGGGUGGCUUGACUUGUAGACUCAGACGACAGCGAAGAAAAUAAAAGCUGUCCUCACUUGUACAAAAGCCAGGUGCUCUGUUGAAAACAAGAGAGGAACCCUCAAGGUGACACAAAAAAGUUAAAGUGGAAAUGUCAGUUUCUGACAAAGGCUUGAAUUGCUGUUCAUCUACAGUGAUUUAUAAUUGGAAAAUCUAACGUUGUAGAGGAGGUAAAGACGUCUCUGGAAUAGGAGUUGAUAAGGGAAACUCAUUUUUGAUAACUUGAGGAUUACAUAACUGUACUUUGGAAUAUAAUUCAUUUUAGUAUAAUCUUUAAAAAAAACUGCAAAAGCCCACUAUACUGUGUCAAGUCUAGAUUUAAUGUGUCUAAAACCCCAUAUGCUUCAAAUACGCCUUUGCCAAAUAUAAAUUUGUCCUCACCUCAUUAAAUUUAGUCAGUUUCUGGUUAGAUUGAGCUUGACUUGAUGAUGGAGUACACUUUUAUUUUUGUUUUCUUGUUAGAUAUUUCUCGAGGGUUGUUAAUGAGUAGGCAGAUUAAUGUUCUUAUUGCUGCUCGAAGUCUUUUAAGGACCCAUCUCGUGUUUUGUUUGCCUGAAGGACAGAAUUUGUUCAUUUUGUUUAUCAUUUUUAUUUUGUCCCGGGAGCAUCAGUGAAUUUUCUUUUUACAUAUUUGUCAUUCUUUUUACACCGAUCUCUCUAGUAGUUGUUUCAGUUUAAUGACCCUUAGUUAAUUAUUUUAUCCUGUCGCAAAUAUGUGUCACCCAGAAAUACAUGAUAUGACCCUUCAUCUUGCAGCCCUGCACCUGUGUCUGUGUUCUUUUUUUUGUUUAAAUAAUUUUGCUGGAAAUUGACAUAUUUUAAUGGAUUAGAUCUAUGGAAUUGAGAUUGAUGUAAUUUUGAAAUAGUAUUAAGACUGUUAUAAAAAACUAUAUGUAUAUUCAGAGAAAGAAUAUCAUUGCUGCAGAAUGAACAAGCCAUUUUGUUAUCAACAUUUAAUGAAAUAAAGUGACUCUGAUAUGUACAAAA